UGAAAGCACAUCGACGGAGAAAGACGUGAGAAGGACGCUAAUAAGUCAGUCUGAUUAUUUGUUCUCCAGUUUGAAAUAUUUACGUCGUAUAAAAUACAUCUUUGAUUCUUUAUUCAAGGAUAAAAUGGUCUCGAUGUGCUAGAAGCACUGUGCCGCUUCUCGUGCUCGUUUAUUGUUAGUUAGCUUAGCUCGCUAGUUAGCUUAGCUUGUUAGCUGCUAACAGAAGUUAUCAACACAUCGCUAAGUAGAGAUCAAGUGUGAGAGUAAAGUGUUGUGAUUGUGUGAAAAUGUCUACAUUACACAUGUUGAGAGCGUUGGUGGAUCAGCGACUAACUGCUGCCGUUGAAGAAAUAUUUGUAGUGUUAGAAAGAACGAUAGCAGAAUACGAGGCGGAACUUUCUAGAACAAAGGAGCAGAACAAUCUACUAUUGGACGCUGUUUUCAAGAAACAUCAAGUUGUGUUACACAGAACAGAUGUCCAGCAGCCCCUUCAUAUUAAAGAGGAAAAGGAGGAUCCACAGCCCACCCACAUUAAAGAGGAAGAGGAUGAUCCACAGCCCACCCACAUUAAAGAGGAAGAGGAGGAUCCACAGCCCACCCACAUUAAAGAGGAAGAGGAUGAUCCACAGCCCACCUACAUGAAAGAGGAAGAGGAGGAUCCACACAUGAAAGAGAAAGAGGAGGAUCCACACAUGAAAGAGGAAGAGGAGGGAGAGUGUGUUGUAGGGCAGGAGGAGGAUGAUGUCAGCAAGUUUCCACUGACUGUUGUCUCUGUGAAGACUGAAGAGCAUGAAGACAAAGCACCUGAGUCCUCACAGCUUCAUCACAGUCCAAGUAAGCACAUAUCAUUUUAUUCUCAGGGCAUUCAAUCCAUCACAACUGGACUGUUCACUUUGUCUUAGAAGACUCAUCCAAGUAGGCUUCAUCACUUCAUGCUC